AUGGAAACAUUAAGAAGAUUCGCUUAUAAAAUUAUUUUUUGCGAAAUACCAUCUUCUAUACCAUCUGAUAUAAGUCAAAGCUUCGAGAAUAUAUUAUCUAUUAAUCCUGAUGAACCUAAUAUUUGCCCAGUAUGUCAAAUCGAAAUUUCCUCACAACUUACGGAACCGAUUACCAUAUUAACAUGUAAACAUAUUUUCCAUCAUAAUUGCAUCGAUAACCACCAAUUACAUUGUCCGAUAUGCGAGAAGGUGAAUAAUGAGUUCAGCCAAACCUUUAUCGUGGCCAAUACAUUAGGAGAUAAUUUGCAGAUAAACUCAGCGGAAUCAUCUGAAAAAUCACAAGGAUCAUCGGUGGAAAGUGCUUCUGAAGAGCCAGCGGAAGAGGAAUCGUCGGAUGAAAGCUCUAAUGAAACCGACUCAAAAAGAUCACCAAGAAUUACACGUAGGCAGAAAAAAAUACAAGGCCUGAUAAUGGAAUUGUCAACACCUACCAGAGCAAUAGUUGAAAUUAGUAGUGACGGAGAGCAGAGUUUAUCCAAUACCGAAACUACAAACCCAACGGCACUAGAUCUUGCCCGAUUAUUCCAAAAAGCAAUUCAAACAGAAAAGGAUGCGACUCGUGGAAAUCAGAAAGAAAUAUUGUCCUGGUAUCGGUUCGGAGAGUUACAUGAAAAUAAAGUUCGUUAUAUUUUGGCUAAUGAACACGUUACUGAUAAAACGGCGAGAAGUAGAGUGUACAAAGAAGUUUCGUCUCAUCUUCCAAAUGUAACAGCCGACAAUCUACGUAAGAAAACCUAUAAGGCGAGAAAUAUAUAUAGAUUGUUUAAUGAUAUAGGUGUAGAUAAGAUUAAUUUGAUCAAAUCAUAUAGUGCAGAUUCGAUAUCUCGUCUUUCUAUACCUCAAAUUAAAGCUAUUAUAAAUCAUUUUUCAGAUCACUCUGUAUAA